AUGGUCAGGAUACCCAUCGACCAUUCAUUCACUGAGAAAUCCUGGACGAACAUCGGAGGUGGCUCAUAUUUGUGCCUUAGAAAAGAAACAACAAAAAAUAUUCCUUUGCAUUUUGGUAAUCUCAUUAAAUUCAUAUAUAAAAAAAGAAAUUGUCAAGUUGUAUUUCCUGAAAUUGAAGAAGCAAUUGUUAUUUGGCUCUCACAUGCUUGCAUAAGUAACUUAACAGUAACUAAUGGUGUUCUUAAGAAAAAGGCAUUGGACUUUAGAGAUUUGCUUCAAAUUAAUAAUUUUACAGCAUCUGAUGAAGAAGAAUGUGUUAAACUAAAAGAUAUCAUUAGGCAAUAUGAUUUAAACAAUGUAUUUAAUGCAGACAAGACAGCAUUGUAUUGGGAACUUGAACCAUCAAAAACUUUAGCAAUUGGACCUGUUGUUGAUGCCAGUAUAAUCAAUUCAUUUAAAGCUCAAUACAGAAAAAGACUUGUAAAGAAUCGUGUUGAUGCAUAUGAUGAUACAAUAAACAACAAUAAAAAAGAAAUAAAUAAACUCUAUUUUAGUGAACCCAUUUCAGCAAUGGAAUUUGUAAACAUUGAUAAUGAAGUUUCUGAAGAGUUUUCUGAUGCAGAAAUUAUUGAAACAGUAUGUCCUUCACAAAAUAAUGAAGUUGCUGAAGAUGAAGAUGAAGGAAUUGAAUUUGAACCUUCUAUACCAGUUAAAAAUGCUUUGGAAUAUUCAGAAAAUAUUUUAUCAUUUCUAAAAAACCCUCCUCUGAAUUUUCUUACAACCUAA